GCAUCCUUUCGUACUCAUUGAGAAAAGAGAUUAGUUCAAUCGCAAUGACUGCUGAGCCACAUCCGUUCGAUCCUCUUUCGCCUGAGGAGAUCGCAGAAACCGCGAAUAUCGUACGCUCCAGCCUUCGACAUGAACCAUUAUUCCGCGUCAUCACUCUGGCCGAGCCGCCGAAGAAAGAAAUGGUUGCUUUCCUCGACACUGAACACGCGGGGAAGAAGACAACUGCACCGCAGCGAAUAGCCAGAGUCCAUGCCUAUGUUGAUGGGGCCUUCCACGAGCUUCUGGUCAGCCUGAAAGAGAGAAUAAUACUCUCACAUGAGAUCCUGAAAGGAAGGCACUCGCAUGUGGAUUCAGCGUACAUGAAGAAAGUGGAAGAAGCCUGUUUGCUGGACCCCCGAGUUCAGGCCGAGAUUGAAGCGCUGAAGCUUCCGAAGGGAGCGACGGUCAUAGUUGAGCCUUGGACGUAUGCUACAGAUGGAGUGAAUAGUAUGAGCUCUCACAAUGAUCCACGACUGACUGGCGCGUUCCAGUGCUGGUUCUACAUGCGGCUGUCCAAUCACAUCGAUGCGAACUAUUACGCCUACCCGCUUGACAUCGUGGCGGAAGUCUCCGAGGCUCUCGAAGUCAUCAAAAUCCACCGGCUACCCUCUGGCGGAAAUGAGACGAUCGACGCUAACAACGCUGGAGUGUUCGAUCGUCGCAAGAUCCACUCUUCCAGCGAGUACCAUCCAGACCUCAGCCCCGAUCGGAGAACGACCACACGUCCUCUGCAGGUCAUCCAACCAGAAGGCCCUUCUUUCCAGAUCAACGGCAACCACAUCACCUGGGAGAAGUGGACCAUGCGUCUCGGCUUCAACUACCGCGAAGGCAUGACACUGCACGAUAUUCGGUACGACGGCCGCAGCCUCUUCUACCGACUUUCGCUCUCUGAGAUGUUUGUUCCAUACGGCGAUCCGCGCGCUCCCUAUCCCCGGAAAGGCGCCUUUGAUCUCGGCAACGACGGCGCUGGCGUGAACGCGAACAACUUGAAGCUUGGGUGUGACUGCCUGGGCCACAUCAAGUACUUCGACUUCUGGCACGUCACUUCUUCCGGCGAACCGUUGAAGAUGCCAAAUGUGGUAUGCUGCCAUGAACAAGAUGACGGGAUACUAUGGAAGCAUACGAAUUUCCGGACGGGGAAUGCGGUGGUGACGCGCUCGCGGGUUCUGGUCCUGCAGACGAUUAUUACAGUCAGCAACUAUGAGUACGUGUUUGUGUUUUACUUUGGCCAGGAUGCAUCAAUUCACUACGAGGUGCGAGCUACGGGGAUUCUCUCUACGGCUCCCAUCGAUAUCGGCGAUAAAGUGCCAUACGGGACGGUCGUGGCUCCGGGCGUCCUUGCGCCAUAUCACCAACACCUCUUCUGCCUGCGUAUCGACCCCGCGCUAGACGGCCACAAGAACUCACUCGUAGUCGAAGAAUCCUUCCCGAUGCCCUUCCUGCAUGCUUCAAACCCUUUCGGCGUGGGCUACAUCACAAAGGACAAAAUCGUCGAGAAAGAGCAAGGCCUCGAUCUCAACCACAGCAAAAAUCGCGUCUUCAAGAUCAUAAACGAAAGCAGCAUCAACAAAACGUCAGGCACGCCUGUAGGCUUCAAGCUUCUCCCCUGCUACAGCCAGCUCCUCCUCGCACACCCCUCCUCCUACCACUCCAAGCGCUCUGAAUUCGGCGCGCGCGCCGUGUGGAUAACGCGGCACCACGACUCCGAGCUCUACGCCGCUGGCACGCACACGAUGCAAUCUCUCGGCGGCGAAGGGAUCGCCUCAUGGAUCAAGGCUCGCGAGGACCAUGCAUCAUCUUCUGUUCGGGAUGAGGAUAUCGUGGUUUGGCACACGUUCGGCUCGACGCACAAUCCGCGCAUUGAAGACUGGCCCGUCAUGCCGUGCGAGAAAAUGAUAGUAGGCUUGAAGCCAGUUAACUUCUUCGACAAGAAUCCGGGCUUGGGUAUCCCGAUCUCAACGCAGAAGCGGAACAAGAGCGUGCUCGUU